CCGCGCGACGUGACGGCGGCUUCAGGCAUCCUCAGCGCGCGUCUCCACAUGUUGCGACAUUAAUGAAGUGGGUGUAAACACUGUCUUACACUGAGCUCUCACUCUCUGUCUCAUUCAUUAAGGAAGUUAACUCAGCAGCAGCAGCGCAGGACGCAGAGAUGAGCAACGUCGAGGCAAACAGUCAGAACAUCACACAGCUUUCCAAGAAGGCUAAAAUGAGCGGAGAAACCUCACACCUGCACCUGGACGGCAUCCCUUCGGACAGGCUCAGUCAGGUGCAGAAGUACCUGGAGCCUUUCCACCUGUCUCUGGAGAAGCUACAGGAGAUUUCUGCUCGGCUGAAGAAGGAUAUGAUUCGAGGUUUGGGGAAACACACGCAUAACAAGGCAGCCGUGAAGAUGCUGCCCACCUUCGUCAGGGCCACGCCCGAUGGGACGGAGAGUGGCGACUUCCUGGCGUUGGAUCUCGGUGGAACGAACUUCCGUGUCCUUCACGUCCGUGUGGUGGAGGAGGAGCAGAAAGUGCUGAAGAUGGACAGUCAGAUCUGUGCCAUCCCACAGGAAAUCAUGCUGGGAACUGGACAACAGCUGUUCGACCACAUCGCAGCCUGUCUCGGUGACUUCCUCGACGCUCAGAAUCUGAAGGGACAAACCCUUCCUCUGGGCUUCACCUUCUCCUUCCCCUGUGAACAGAAAGAAAUCGACAAGAGCAUCCUGAUCCGCUGGACCAAAGGCUUCAACUGCUCCGGAGUGGAGGGAAAAGACGUCGUGAAGCUGCUGAAAGAAGCGAUUCAAAGGAGAGGGGACUAUGAUAUAGGCUCGGUUGCCAUGGUGAACGACACUGUGGGCACAAUGAUGAGCUGUGGCUACAGGGACCAGAGCUGUGAGAUCGGCAUGAUCAUUGGUACGGGAACCAAUGCUUGCUACAUGGAGGAGAUGAAGAACGUGAAGCGGGUGGAGGGCGAGGACGGACGGAUGUGCAUCAACACGGAGUGGGGCGGCUUCGGAGACGACGGCUCCCUGAGCGACAUCCUGACGGAGUUUGACGUGCAGGUGGACAAGAUGUCCAUCAACCCUGGUGUCCACACCUUUGAGAAAAUGAUCAGCGGUAUGUAUUUGGGGGAAAUUGUUCGACUGCUGUUGGUGAAGCUAACGGAGGACAAGCUGCUGUUUAACGGACAGACGUCGGAGGCGCUGAGGACCCCGGGCAAAUUCCAGACGAAGUUCAUCUCUGAGAUCGAAGAGAAGGACAACGGUCUGGAAAAUGGCAAGAAAAUUCUGACCGAGUUGGGCCUGAAAUGGGAUCUUGUCGACGUCCGGGUGGUGCGUCUGGUCUGCGACAACAUCUCAUCGCGCUCUGCCCGUCUCUGCGGCGCUGCCCUGGCGACCAUCGCCAACCGUAUCCGUACCAACCACGGGCUGGACCACCUGAAGACCACCGUGGGGGUGGACGGAACAGUCUACAGGAAACACCCCAAUUUCAGUGAGGAGCUCCAGGCGACGGUACGCCUCCUCGCCCCCGAAUGUAGCAUCACCUUCCUGGUCUCAGAGGACGGCAGUGGGAAGGGCGCUGCCAUGGUAACAGCCGUGGCUCAGCGGCUGGCGCUCCAGUCCCGGCUGUUAGAGGACAGUGACGGUGAGGAGGAGGAAGAGGAGGAGGAAGAUAAUUAUGGGUGUAAACACUGUCUUACACUGAGCUCUCACUCUCUGUGUCAUUCAUCAAGGAAGUUAACUCAGCAGCAGCAGCGCAGGACGCAGAGUUGUUUUUCAAAGAGGGCUAAAAUGAGCGGAGAAACCUCACACCGGCACCUGGACGGCAUCCCUUCGGACAGGCUCAGUCAGGUGCAGAAGUACCUGAAGCCUUUCGACCUGUCUCCCAACAAGCUGCGGGGGAUUUCUGCUUGGCUGUGGACGGAUAUGAUUCGAGGUUUAAAUAAACGCACACAUAACAAGGCGGCCGUGAAGAUGCUGCCCACCUUCGUCAGAGCCACACCCGAUGGGACGGAGAGUGGUGACUUCCUGGCGUUAGAUCUCGGUGGAACAAACUUCCGUGUCCUUCACGUCCGUGUGGUGGAGGAGGAGCAGAAAGUGCUGAAGGUCAGUCAGCAUGCCAUCCCAAAGAAAAUCAUGCUGGGAACUGGACAACAGCUGUUCGACCACAUCGCAGCCUGUCUCGGUGACUUCCUCGACGCUCAGAAUCUGAAGGGACAAGCCCUUCCUCUGGGCUUCACCUUCUCCUUCCCCUGUGAACAGAAAGAAAUCGACAAGGGCAUCCUGAUCCGCUGGACCAAAGGCUUUAAGUGCUCCGGCGUGGAGGGAGAAGACGUUGUGAAGCUGCUGAGAGAAGCGAUUCAAAAGAGAGGGGACUAUGAUAUAGGCUCGGUUGCCAUGGUGAACGACACUGUGGGCACAAUGAUGAGCUGUGGCUACAGGGACCAGAGCUGUGAGAUCGGCAUGAUCAUUGGUACGGGAACCAAUGCUUGCUACAUGGAGGAGAUGAAGAACGUGAAGCGGGUGGAGGGCGACGACGGACGGAUGUGCAUCAACACGGAGUGGGGCGGCUUCGGAGACAACGGCUCCCUGAGGAACAUCCUGACGGAGUUUGACGUGCAGGUGGACAAGAUGUCCAUCAACCCUGGUGUCCACACCUUUGAGAAAAUGAUCAGCGGUAUGUAUUUGGGGGAAAUUGUUCGACUGCUGUUGGUGAAGCUAACGGAGGACAAGCUGCUGUUUAACGGACAGACGUCGGAAGCGCUGAGGACCCCGGGCAAAUUCCAGACGAAGUUCAUCUCUGAGAUCGAAGAGGAGGACAACGGUCUGGAAAAUGGCAAGAAAAUUCUGACCAAGUUGGGCCUGAAAUGGGAUCCUGUUGACGUCCGGGUGGUGCGUCUGGUCUGCAACAAGAUCUCAUCGCGCUCUGCCCAUCUCUGCGGCGCUGCCCUGGCGACCAUCGCCAACCGUAUCCGUACCUACCGCAGGCUGGACCACCUGAAGACCACCGUGGGGGUGGACGGAACAGUCUACAGUGAACACCCCAAUUUCCGUGAGGAGCUCCAGGCGACGGUGCGCCGCCUCGCCCCCGAAUGUAGCAUCACCUUCCAGGAAUCAAAGGAUGGCAGUGGGAAGGGCGCUGCCAUGGCAGCGGCUGUGGCUCAGCGGCUGUCAGGAGGACAGUGAUGACAGCGACCGACCAUCUGGGAUCCCAGGGGACUGACCCGUCCAAUGGCCAAUGGUCCAAUUUUCUCAGGUAGAGAGGGGGUUAGCUUUAGUUAGUCUAGGGCAGGCAUAUAGGAACGCAGCUUCAGCUUUUGCUCCGCUGCACGCCGCAGCCUCAACACGCUGUCCCAAUUCUGCUGUUGGCUCCACGCCACUGUAGCCCUCUACGCUUGCCCACGUGUCCCGUCUUCUGCGGCCGUAUCGCUUUUUAGAUAAAUUGUUCAUUUAUUUUUGUUGUUUUAUUAGUUGAAAUUAACUUUCUAAACAGAGCUGUUGUUUUAACCUUUCAGAUCUUAGCAGUGAUUCUGAUGCAUGAACAUUGGUCCCAUCAGUAUGACGAGUUACUUUGGGUUUGACUUGUUGAACUGUCUAAUCAGAAUAUAAACCUUUGUGUAUUUUCCAUACAUCUGUUUUCCUGUUUAUGUUUUAACAUAAAGAGUAUCCAGUACUGAAACAAGCAGAAGAAUAUCAUCAUCUCAUUGUUUUAUCAGACAUUUAAAAAGCGGUUUCUUUCUUGGCCUUCAAUGACUACAACUCCCAUAUGUCUUGGUGAUAGAUGCUUUGUCAAAACCUUGUGGGAGCUGUAGUUAUUGAAGGUUAACAUAAUUGUCAUUGUCAUGGAAACACAGAUGAAAGAAAGCAUCUAUGAGAGAA